AUGUCGUCUCAGUCGUCACAACCCAUCCCUGCCGCUGAUGGCUCUCCGCCGACUACAGGCAGUGUCAGACGACACCAUACCAUCUCUGCAGCAUCUAGAACUGCUCGUGCCAGUGCAAAAGAUACGAUUUCAGAGGAAACUCAAAAUCAAGAGCUUUGGAACGAUGAUGAAGUUGUUGGAGAAGACUGGGUUGGUGGUGUAGGUGCAGUAGGAGAAAAAAGUAGUUUACAUCGUCAAGCCUCGUUACCAACCAAAUAUCAUCGAGCCUUCCAAAAUUCUGGAUCGAAAUCAGGCACUAUGACGCCCAAGACGAUGAACAGCUUGACCGCGAUUGCAGGUCACGAAGGCGACGAGGAGGAAUGGGAAAAAGAAAUUGGUGGUUAUGUUGUCCCCGAAGAGGAGGCAAGUCUGCAGCCUUUCGAUUUUGGCAUGCAUGCGCAAGAUCCAAAUGAACCUCUAUCUCCUGCCUACGGAACCUCCACUCAGGAUCCUUCUCCUCCUCCUGCGGCUUCUGGUGUUCGUCGCCAUGUAUCUCUAACAUACGGUGCUCAAGGCGCGGGUGUCAACCGACCCAAGGUAACUUCCCUCAAACGAGCCGGUACCCUUCAGACUCCGUUGCCUGUAAACAACACGCCCGAGCAUGCGGUUGCCGGCGGCGAAGAAGAAGAAUACGAGUACACGUAUGCUAUGGAGGAUCCCGCUGCGUAUGAAUCCUACGAUACAUAUGGCGCUGGUGGACCUACGAGUCCCCUCGGCCGUUCAUCUCCGUGGGGAUCUACCGGUAGUAGCUCUGGAAGUGCAGGCGAUUGGCGUACACCUGGCGGACCGGCUGUCAACAAUGCCAUCGAUGACGUGCAGCGUGCCCUUUCCAACAUGGAGAUAUCGGGAUCUGGAGCAUCUGGUUUUUUCGGCCAGAGUGCUCACCCACCUCGAUUCAACCCGACGUAUCAAGGGCCUUCACAGGCUCCCGGUAUGCGCGGGGGAAAUGGUAAUGGAAACAACAACAGAGUGGAUUACGAUGGGCGCAAGACGCCGAUAUCACAGGCCCAGUCGUACCAUGCCUCUGGAGGUAAUGAUACGAUCACUGGGCGUGUCUCCAAUCCAAAUCCACAGUACGCGUACAAUCAACAUCAGAAAAACCCUAGCGGGGGAAGCGGAGAGCGUAUUCCCAACGUUCCGCUCAUUCCAUCGCAAUAUUUGCAGCAAAAUCAGCAGCAGCAGCUUCAGGGUAAUCAGCAACCCCGGCUUGGAGUUGCGACCUCUUUUGUCGGAGGACAAAGUCAGCAAGGGCAGAACAGGGAUAUUCCUGCUGGGCAAAAUACAACUCAGGCAUUUGGAGCUCCGAUCGACGUGUCUUCGUUGAUUGCGACCAAAGGAUACAACCCUUCCACCUUUGAUAUUCGACCAAGUUUUGCUCGAUAUUUCGUGAUCAAAUCAUACACCGAAGAUGAUGUCCACAAGUCGCUAAAAUAUGAAAUCUGGAGUUCGACCGACCCAGGAAACAAGCGGCUCGACAAGGCAUUCAAAGAAUGCAAUGGUCGCGGCCCAAUUUAUUUGUUUUUUAGUGUCAACGCUAGUGGCCAUUUCUGUGGUAUGGCGGAAAUGUUGACACAUGUUGAUUAUACCCAAAGCAGCACUGUUUGGGCUUCUGACAAGUGGAAGGGUGUCUUUAAAGUGCGGUGGAUCUUCGUUCGUGAUAUUCCAAACGUCAAUUUACGACACAUCAAGUUGAAUAAUACCCAAGAGCGCAAGCCCGUCACUAAUUCUCGGGACACUCAAGAGCUACUCCAGGACGCUGGACAGGAAAUGCUCAGGAUCUUCCACACCCACCCAGCACGAACAUCGCUUUUGCAGGACUUCGCAUUCUAUGAGCUCCAAGCUAUGCAGAAAAUUCAAGCACAGUCUGGUCCCUCUUCGCCGAUCAGCAGCCAGGGCGGAGGCUUCGGCUCUCCUAAUAUGCAGAACAUGUCACCUCUCCAAUCUGGCCAACAGUCGCCGGUUCAGCAACAAGCAAACCUCUUCGCGAUGGGAAAUCCCAACGCAUUGGCUUAUCAGAUGCCUCAAAUGACCCCAAUGAUGCAGAUGCAGAUGAUGGGUAUGAAUAUGGGCGGUGGGCUUGGAAUGGGCAACAUGGGCAACAUGGUAGGGUCGCAGUUCCCAAUGUCGCAGUCGCAAGCUAUGCACCAGAGCGUCAUGAGGCAUCCGAGUCCUGGUUCUGGUCCUCAACAGCAGCAGCAACAACAACAGGCUGGCGGUCAGGGUUUCAUCAACUUUUGA